UCAUUAUAUACAAUACAUGAUUGACAUUUCGUAGAUAAACAAACCCUAGAUUUUCGUCGACUCGUUUAUAGCGUAAAUAAGAAUCAAGAAAUUGCGCUAUAAUUUUGGCUUCAGAAGUAACUUGCGAAGACAAUGGACGCAAAGAUUUUAUAAACUUCCCGUUUUCCAUUAAAAGGAGGUGUAUUUCAAGAGCAUUCGUUCCAGAGAGGGAAAAAACAAGAUGUCGAAAUCGUACUCAAAUCUUCUAGAUUUGGCUUCUGGGAAUUUCCCUGCACUUGAUCAGGGUAAUAGGAAUAGACUUUCGAGGGCAAUGUCGCUACCAGCGAGUAUAACAGAGCUUGAUGAUGAUCAGCUGCAGAGUGUUUCUUCAGAAAGCUCGUUAUCGGUUCACUCGGAUCGGAUUAUUCUUGUAGCGAAUCAGCUUCCUCUGAAAGCAAAGAGAAGAGAGGAUGACAAAGGUUGGGAUUUCAGUUUGAAUGAUGAUGCUUUAGUUUUGCAGCUUAAGGAUGGAUUCCCCAAUGAUGUGGAGGUUCUUUAUGUUGGGUCAUUAAAUGUUGAUGUUGAUCUGGAGGAGCAAGAUGAUGUGUCACAGAGGCUAUUGGAUGAUUUCAAUUGCGUUCCUACUUUUCUGCCACCUGAUCUUGUGGAGAAAUUCUAUGAUGGAUUUUGCAAGAGGCAGUUGUGGCCACUACUCCAUUACAUGCUGCCGUUUUCAGCCGAUCAAGGAGGCAGGUUCGACCGGCCUCUGUGGGAAGCUUAUGUUUCAGCAAAUAAGUUCUUUUACCAAAGAAUAGUUGAGGUUUUAAACCCAGAAGAAGAUUAUAUCUGGAUUCAUGAUUACCAUUUGAUGGUUCUACCGACCUUUUUGAGGAGACGAUUUCUCCAAGUGAGGAUGGGGUUUUUCCUUCACAGCCCAUUUCCCUCUUCCGAGAUCUAUAGAACUCUUCCUGUUAGUGAAGAGAUACUUAAGGCUUUGCUCAACACAGAUAUUAUAGGUUUCCACACUUUCGAUUAUGCUCGUCAUUUUCUUUCUUGUUGCAGCAGGAUGUUGGGUUUGGAUUAUCAGUCAAAGAGGGGAUAUUUAGGAUUGGAUUAUUAUGGAAGAAAUAUUGGCAUCAAGAUUAUGCCGGUUGGGGUACAUAUGGGUCGGAUACAGUCAGUGAUGAAAGUGGUGCAUGAGGAGCAUAGGCUGAGGGAGCUUAAACAACAAUUUGAAGGGAAAAUAGUGUUAUUAGGUAUAGAUGAUAUUGACACUUUCAAAGGUAUAAAUUUGAAACUUCUUGCUGUGGAACAGAUGCUGAAGCAACGUCCACAUUUGCGGGGAGAUGUUGUGCUGGUCCAGAUUCUAAACCCUGCCAGAGGUAAAGGAAUAAAGAACUUAGAGGAAACGCGACAAGAAAUACAAGAGAACUACCAGAGGAUCAAUGAAGAAUUUGGGCAACCGGGCUAUAAGCCAAUACUUAUAAUCGACAGAGAAGUUUCCAUCAAUGAAAGAGUUGCAUAUUACAGCAUUGCAGAUUGUGUCGUAGUGACAGCUGUGAGGGAUGGAAUGAACCUUACUCCUUAUGAAUACAUUGUUUGCAGACAGGGAAUAUCUUAUUCUGCAGAUUUCAGUGGUCCAAAGAAGAGCAUGUUAGUGGUAUCAGAAUUUAUUGGGUGCUCUCCAUCCCUUAGUGGGGCAAUCCGCGUCAACCCGUGGAAUGUUGAGGCUACUGCUGAAGGAAUGGUUAUGGCUAUUUCGAUGAGGGAUUCAGAGCAAGAGUUAAGGCAUGAGAAGCAUUACCGGUAUAUUAGCACGCAUGAUGUGGCUUAUUGGUCUCGCAGUUUCUGGCAAGACAUGGAAAGAACUUGUGCAGACCAUUCCAAGAAAAGAUGUUGGGGGAUUGGUUUUAGCUUUGGAUUUCGAGUUGUGGCAGUUGAUCCUAAUUUCAGAAAGCUAUCGAUGUAUGAUGUUGUAUCAGCUUACAGUAAAACAAAAAGGCGAGCUAUACUGUUGGACUAUGAUGGUACAGUAAUGCCUCAAAACUGCAUCAACAAGUCUCCAAGUGAGGCGGUUAUCACAAUGCUGAACACACUGUGUGCCGACCAAAAAAAUACAGUUUUCAUUGUUAGUGGUAGAGGGAAGGGGAGCUUAAACAAGUGGUUCUCUCCCUGUCCGAAGCUCGGAAUUGCAGCAGAACAUGGAUACUUCUUAAGAUGGCCCCAAAAUGAGGAGUGGGACGUCUGUGGUCUCAGCUCUGAAUUUGGUUGGAUGAAGAUUGCUGAACCCGUAAUGAAACAAUACACAGAGGCCACUGAUGGCUCUUACAUUGAAGCUAAAGAAAGUUCUCUGGUUUGGCAAUAUGGGGAUGCAGACCGUGGGUUCGGAUCCUGCCAAGCAAAGGAGAUGCUAGAUCAUCUCGAGAGUGUAUUAGCAAAUGAUCCAGUUGCUGUAAAGAGGGGUCAAUUCAUUGUAGAAGUUAAACCUCAGGAAGUUAGUAAGGGGCAUGUUGCACAAAGGAUCUUUUCAUCAAUGGCUGAAAAUGGGAGAAAGGCGGACUUUGUGUUGUGUAUCGGUGAUGAUAGAUCUGAUGAGGACAUGUUUGAGAUAUUUGGUAAUGCGACAUUAAACAAUAUUCUUCCCCCUAAUAUUUCAGUUUUUCCUUGCACGGUUGGACAAAAGCCGAGCAAGGCAAGAUACUACUUGGAUGACACAAGUCAAGUGAUAAACUUGCUUGAAUACCUUGCUGCAGAGUCCACGCAGAUGACAUCUUAAAAAGAAUUCUAUGAGUUCCCAGUGAAAUAUCCAGAAAGUAGGUUUUUCUUUUUUCUUUUUUCCUUUUUAUUUUUGGAUUGGGAACAUGACAUCAAAAAUAGGCUUGAGGCAUACAUGUAUGUAUAGUGUGCUGAGUACAAAGUUUUAGAUUUUUUUCUAUACUUGUCCUGUUUGAAUUUCAUUUGUUCAUAACUAAUAGUUGUAGUUUCCGGUCGAAAAAAAAGUGUAGGAAUCAGGAAUGGCCGUUGUUCGUCUUAGAAUUGCAGUUAUGUGCAUAGUGUUCUCAACUGAGAGAGAAACAUCACAGACUUGUAUUCUGCAGUGAGAAAUAUAGAGGAUGCUACUCUGAUUGCAGUGAAUUACAAAUAUACAUUACAAAAGAUUUCAUUUCAA